AUGUCCCGCGUAACGGCCCCCGUCUCCAAGCUCGCCCGCGCCAUCGGCGCAUCCACCGGCCCGCUGCUCGACGCCUCGGCCUCGGCCCACGGCGCCGGCGCCGCCCUCAUGCCAAAGUACGCAGAGCUGCUGCGCACUCGCCGGAGCGGCGAGCACACGGAUUCCUCGCGCGGCCUCACCACCACCCAUCGUCCCACGCCGCAGCCCUCCAUCGCCAACCGGACCAAGCCUCUCAUGCAGACCUUCCACUCCUCUUCUUCCUCGUCCUCUGCCUCCGCCGCACACCUAGACGCCGCCUUCCUCCCAUCAAUGGCCGACCUCGCCGGCCCGCCGACCUCCGCCUCCGGUCCGCGUGUGCCCCUGCUCCCGGACAACUACUCGGCCGCCCACGCUGCCGAUACCUCGGACGCUACUGUGCAGCUCCCCGAGGUCUCUAUUGUCGCAGCCAACCCGGAGAACGUCAUUCCCGGUACGCCCCUCUCCGAGGUCGAAGGCAUUGGCUUGGACGGCGUGGAGCUCAAGUUCGUCCACGAGGGUCGGUCCAACCGCGUCCAGGAGCUCGAGAGCGAGGGCCAGAGCGGCGGUAUGCUCCGCGACCUGUGGAAAGGCAUGGUCGACGAUGUCCUUGGCCCUUCUAAACGCACGGCCUGA